GCGAGUAAAAGUCGCUAUAGCCUACCGCUACAGCCUACCGCUACGGCCGCAGCGGCAGCCAGUUUGGCGACCUGCGAAGCAUCGUCGGCAGUCUACGCGGAGCCAGCGUCAGCAGAGCGUCAGUAGUACCUCUACGUAACGCAUCGCAACAGCGUUUCCGCAGUGCAUCCACCCGAGGUCGUCUGCUAUGACCCAGGAUCCCCAGGAUCAAUAACGAAACCAGGCUACGCCCGUCAGAUCUCAAGAAAAGAAAUAUGUUUUCGGUGCCCAGAAUCGCGGCCGUUCGCGCGUCCACCACGGCUUCGAUAUGCGGUCCCAAGAUCCGCAUGACGUCGUCACGGAGCGCCGACGCGGGCGACGAUCGCAUGCAGAAGCACGAAGCCAGCGAAGUCGCGUUCAGCCCGACGCGCCUGGAAGACAUUACGCACAACUACAAGAACAGUCCAUCCGACGACGUGACGCCCGCGGGCCAGGUCAGCGAGAACGUCGACGCGUACGGGUGUGCCAGCAACGUCAACUUGUACGCGCACAUGCAAAGCAACGUGCCAGAACCCUUCGAGGCGGAGGGACGCAGUCCGACCAGCCUCAACAUGCCCGGCGGCGGCGGCAACACCGCUCACAAGUAUCUGUCCGGAAGACGCCAAUCUGCCCGUGACAACAAGUGAAGUCUCCAAACUUUCAUUUUUGGCCGUUCGCGGCGAGCAGAUAGAUCGAGCGACGUAAUUAAUCCUGCUUCUAGGUAUCCCGAUGGGUGCACUAGAGCACAGCUUCUAACGUCAACAUUAAAAAAAAAAAAAAUUUAUUUGAAAA